AUGGUGGAAACCAAGGCAGACGACAACGCUAAAGAUUCAGAUAAUACCGAUUAUAAUGAGAAAACUCUUGAUGAAAAAAAAAUUGAAAAAUAUUUUACUAAUAAUGAGAAAAUUCACGAUGAAGAAAAAACCGAAAUAGAAUCGGAUGAAGAUUCAGAAGAUUCAGUGGUUAAAAUGAUUUCAGCGGCCGCUAAUACAAACGAUGAUCCAAGUUUACCAUGUUUGACUUUUCGAUUUUGGGUACUAAGUACCCUCUUUACCGCACUGGGUGCCGCAGUAUCAGUAUUCUAUUAUUUUCGUUCAAACUACGUGAAUUAUUCCAUAUUCUUUGUGAUACUCGCAUCCUAUAUUUUGGGUAAAUUUAUGGAAAAAACCCUGCCAACUAAGAAAUUUUAUAUCAAAAAUUGGGAAUUUAGUCUAAAUCCAGGUCCUUUUAACUAUAAGGAACACGUGUGCGUAGCCGCUUCCGCUGUGGCGGGCGGUGUUUCUGCGUACGCUGUGGAUAUCAUCUCAAUCCAAGAAUUAUACUAUAAUACUCAUGUUAAUUUCUUUAUUGGUUUUCUGCUACUUAUUAGUACGCAGAUGAUUGGAUAUGGACUCGCCGGAUUUGCUCGAAAAUCUCCAAAUAAUAAUGUGAUUGCGACAUUGGGAAGUGUUUAUAAAGGUGCUGGGAUUCUUAAUUUUUCUUUUGAUUGGAACGCUAUUAGUUAUAUUGCUCCCCUGUACACUCCAUGGUGGUCUCAGGUAAAUAACUUGGCUGGUGUCGUAUUAGCAACGUGGAUUAUUGCUCCGUUGCUUUACUUUAAUAAUGUCCUUGAUGCCCAAAAUUUUCCUUUCUUAUCAACUCAUACAUUCGAUAAAAAUGGAGAAAGAUAUAACCAGACAAGAAUUAUUGAUCCGACAACUAAUACUCUCGAUUUUACUGCAUAUGAGAAUUAUAGUCCUAUGUUUAUGUCUAUUAUACUUGUUGCUUGUUAUGGCUAUUCUUUCAUGCAAAUUCCUGCAACUAUUGUUCAUGUGAUACUAUUUCAUGGGAAGGAUAUUUGGAAUCGAUUCAAAAAAACUCGUGAAGAAGAGAAUGAAUCUGACAUCCACUGUAAGAUGAUGAGUAUUUAUCCAGAGGUACCGAAUUAUUGGUAUGGUGGUACCUUCUUGGUCAUGCUAAUAAUUGCAAUUAUCCUUGGCCAAACAACCGGUGCGAAUUUACCUUGGUGGGGUCUAUUGUUGGCCGUUGCUCUUGCUGUAAUCACAUUGCUUCCGAUAGGAAUUAUUCAGGCUAUCUCAAAUUGGCAAAUUGGAUUAAAUGUUAUAGUUGAAAUGGUGUGCGGUUAUAUUUUACCUGGUCGACCAAUAGCAAAUGUAUAUUUUAAAACCUAUGGAUAUAUGUGUUUGUCGCAAUGUUUAUAUUUUGUUCAAGAUCUAAAAUUGGGUCAUUAUAUGAAAAUUCCCCCAAGGAGCAUGUUUACAUCACAAAUAUGGGGCACAUUUGUUGGUGUAAUUAUAAAUUAUUGGACAAUGGCCCUUAUUAUCGAUAAAAAAAGACCAUACCUUGAUGGUACAAUAGAAGAUCCAAGCGGCCAAUGGACUGGCAUUAAGUCUGGGUUAUUCAACUCUGCAUCUAUAAUAUGGGGAUUAAUUGGACCCGGGAUAACUUUUGGGCCUAGCUCACCUUAUAAUAUACUCCUCUGGGGAUUCUUAAUUGGUGUCUUUUUACCGAUACCAUUUUACUUACUUCAUCGAAAGUUUCCAAGGGCAAAAUUUAAUUUCGUGAAUACUCCUGUGAUCUUAAAUGGUCUAGCUACUAUCCCCGAGAGUAUACCAAAUUUCAUAAUUACUGGAUUCAUUGUCAGCUUUUUGAGUCAAUUUUAUGCAUUUCGUUAUAAGAAUAAGUGGUGGAAAAAAAAUAAUUAUGUACUGUCUGCAGCAUUUGAUUCUGGUGCACAAAUCAUGACAAUGGUAUUAUUCAUUUGUUUUACUGGAAUUGCACAGGUACAAUUUCCAGCUUGGUGGGGUAACGAUCCAUCAUCUCAAGGUGAACACUGCUUUUACGAAUAA